AUGUAUCUAACGACUGUGUUGACGAUGCUGUCUCUGACGGGACUGGGCGCAGCCCGUCUCGGCGUGGCAGAUAAUUCACUCAAAAGUCACCCUUCUACUGGCACGAAAAGAUUCAUCAUUGAAGUUGCUGAGAACUCGGACUUGAAGAAGCUCACCUCGGAACUAGCUACCCAUGAAGGCACAAAACUGUACAAGACAUUCCACAGCGAAGUCUUCACUGGGUUUAGUAUAGAGACAACCAUUGAGAACGCAGAGACCCUUCGCAUUCUUCAAGGUGUCAGCAAUGUGUGGCGUUCGAGGAAGGUCCAAAUGGCUUCAGUCCUGAAUGGCAAGACGUUCAAUGAAGACACUUCUGCAGCCAACUAUUCCAUUCACAGCAUGACUGGCGUUGAUAAGCUUCAUGAUGCCGGUAUUCUGGGCAAAGGUGUCAAGGUUGCUGUUGUGGAUGCCGGCGUCGACUAUACUCACCCUGCUCUGGGAGGUGGACUUGGCCCCGACUUCAAGGUUAUUGGCGGCUACGAUUUGGUCGGCGAAACUUUCUGGCCUGAUGAAGGAUUCGCAAAGAACCCAGACGGCGACCCGAUGGAAAUCGCAAGUCUGGGCCACGGAACCCACGUCUCUGGUAUAAUUGCAGGGAAGACAGGCAGCUGGCAAGGAGUUGCCCCUGAAGCCAGUAUCUUGUCUUAUAAAGUUUUCGGAGACGACGAUACGGGCCGCACAGACGAGGAAACAUUGAUUGAAGCAUUUUUGAGGGCACACGCUGAUGGAGCAGAUAUCAUCACGGCGUCAAUCGGAGGCCGCGGAGGCUUCUCAACCAAUGCCUGGGCUGAAGUUGCGUCUCGGUUAGUGGAUCGAGGCCUCAUAGUAACCAUAUCGGCCGGCAAUGACGGUGAUGCUGGCCUCUUCUUUCCCGAUAAUGGGAUGUCCGGAGAAAGUGUUCUUGCUGUUGCUUCUCUCGAGCCUAGCUUCGUUCCUGGCAUGCCCUUUGAGGUAACUUUCGAUGACGGCGAGAACAGCAACACCGAAACAUGGGGCUUCUUCCACGGCGCCCUCUCUCAUGAUUUCCCCGUCAAUGGCAGUUUGAAGGUUGCUAUGCUGUCAUAUGACCCUGAAAAUGUCACAGUCGCCUGUGAAACGCUCCCGGACGAUAUCGACCUGUCCAAUGCCCUCGUCGUAGCACCGCGAGGUGGCUGCAGUGGAAGUACCAAGCGCUAUGUUUUGAAGACAGCCGGAGCUGAGCAUGUUCUUCUCUUCAACAACGACAAGCUAUUUCCGAUGCCGAGCAAUUGGGAUACCCGAGGCGUGGAGGGUUUAAUCGGACACGAUGAGGGUGUUGCUCUUAUCAACGCCUUGGCGGAAGGCACUAAUGUGACGUUUAGGUUUUUCAACGAGACCGAGAAACCUCUCGUCAAUAUGAAGAACCCGGCCAUCGUUCCCUCUUCUUUCACCUCCAUGGGUGGUCUGUAUGACCUGCAGAUCAAACCAGACAUAGCGGCCCCCGGUAGCAACAUCUUCUCCACCCUGCCGCGUGGAAAAUUCGGUCUUAAAUCUGGUACAUCGAUGGCAACUCCGUACGUCGCCGGCAUCGCGGCCCUCUACAUUAGCAAGUAUGGUGGCAGGUGGAUUCAUGGCCCAGAGUUCGGGAAGAGGCUCGCUGCAAAGAUCAUGGUCAGUGGUCAGGCCAUCAAAUGGAAUGAUGGCUUCAAUAUGACGGACUACGAUGCCUGGGCUCCUGUUUUCCAAAUUGGGAACGGCUUGGUCAAUGCCACCAAAGUUUUGGACUAUCGCACGGAACUGUCUUGGCCCAAGUUUGCGCUCAAUGACACGGCUCAUUUCCAACCAUGCCACAAGAUCAACAUCACCAACAACUGCAUCAAUCCCGUUACUUACAAGUUCUCUCUUCAACCAGCUGGAGGAGUCGAGGCGAUUGAUUAUUAUGCGGACUUUAACCCUGGACCGGUAGAGGUCGCCCUACUUCCGACGGAUAUGACACCUAAUGUCAUCUUUCCUGAGGGCGAGUUCAUUGUCAAUCCGGGCGAGACCAAAGAGGCAACUUUUCAUUUCAAAGCCCCUGUAGGUCUUAACGAGGACCUAAUGCCGGUGUACACUGGCAGGAUUCUUAUUACUGGAUCCAAUAAUGAACAGCUCGCUGUCCCAUACAUGGGCGUUCAAUCUGACAUUCAGACGACUUUCAAGAGAAUGUUCAAAGAAUCUUAUCCCUACAUCAUUUCGACAAGGAACAUUACUAGGAUAGAAGACAAGUCCACUUUCUCAUUUGACAUAAGCGCAGAACAGCAAGACUUUCCGAAGCUUUACGUGAGAACAAGCUGGGGUGCUUCUAUAGUCCGAUGGGACAUCUUUGAAAGCGGCUGGCAGGAAGAGAACUGGACGUACCCGCCAGUCGUAGGCGAAAAUGGCUUUGUUGGCAUGGCUGCAACCUGGGACAACGAAUGGACCGUUCCUUACUUUGACCCUGAGAUACACAGCGAGAUGAACCUCGUCAGGGGACCGCUCACUGAGUUGUCUCGUGAUGUCUACGGCUACGCUCCGUAUCGAUUCUGGUGGCUUGGGCGACUUGCCGACGGCUUCAAAAUUAAACCAGGGAAAUAUGUAAUGCGUAUUGCUGCUCUCAUUCCCUUUGGUGACCCUUCACUCAACUCGCACUGGGACACUCGCAGCUACAACUUCACCGUGGUCCCGAACAAUAAUACACUCCCUGUUGCUAUUUCCAAGAGACCCCCUCCCCCACCGCCGCUUCAUACUUGGGAUAACUGA